GAUUUGUAUUCCCAAGAUGGUGACUCGUCUGGACCAUGGAUGGCUGUAGCCAGGUCGGCCACGAAUGUUUCCAUCCCCUCAGGAGACCGCGGUGUCAAUCGCGCGCGCUCGGGGCUGCGUACCUCAGCGCGCUCGUUGGAAUCCGACGAGGACACCCCCCGUCGCUCACGAUGCACAGGCAUCUGGUUGCGCCUGCGGCGCCUGCGGCGGCAGCUUUGGCGCGGGCUGCGGUCUGAGGUGAGGGGCUGCUGUGGUAAGACGAUGGCGGGCCGCGCGCUUUAUUUUGUAGCAACAAAUCACCCAGACCAAGUUCGCGAAAACCUGUGGCAAAGCAUGCAGAAGAUUCGCGAGGAGUGGUGGUCCAGAGAUGGAGGCGGGGAGUACGCGCGGCGGCACCGGAAGCGGCGCCAGGGGGUGCACCUGGCGGGGAAGCGCUCCGGGGCGGAGGGCCCGGGCUUCGGCAUCCACUGCUUCAUCAUUAACAACCCCGGGACCAUCGACGACUUCUACCACGUCCAGGAGGAGGUGAACGCCGGGGGUUCCGCGCAAGUCUUCAAGGCCAUGGAGAAAGCCACGAAGGCGCUUCGGGCCAUCAAGAGGAUUGUGAAGGGCGCGGGGGACAUCGGCCGCGUCAUUCAGGAGGUUGCGAUCAUGAAGACGCUGGACCACCCCAAUAUCAUCAAGCUCUUUGAAACCUUCGAGGACGACCGGCACCUGUUCUUGGUGCUGGAAUUCUGCAAGGGGGGCGACGUCCUGGACCGUGUCGUGGCCGAUGGUGUCAUGGACGAGCUCUCGUCGGCCAUGGUGAUGAGAGGGAUGCUGUCUGCGCUGAACUACCUGAAUGCCAAUGGCUACGCUCACCGCGACCUAAAGCCCGAGAACAUCAUGUACAAGGAGUCCAAGGAGGACCGGAUGGUGUCCCAGCUGCGCCUGGUGGACUUCGGCUAUGCCUGCAGAAGCCCGGAGGAAGGCAAAUCCCUGCGGACGAAGGUGGGCAGUCCAUACUACGUGGCCCCGGAGGUGCUGGCCGGGAGCUAUGGCAAGGAGUGUGACAUGUGGAGCCUUGGGGCGCUGUGCUUCAUGAUCAUCAGCGGUAUCCCGCCCUUUUUCGGUGACACGGAUGCGCAAACCCUCCGCCUGAUCAAGGAAGGGAAGUUCAUCUUUCAAACGAGCCAGUGGGCGGAGGUGUCCAAAGGCUGCAUGCACUUCAUCCGGCGUUGCCUGGAGGUGGACUUCACCAAACGGCUCACCGUCACAGAGGCUUUAGAGCACCCGUGGCUGAAGCACAAGUUUCGUGGCAAGGCGAUGCACCUGCGAGAUGAGACGGUGGAGCGCCUGCUGAGUUUCGCGCAGUAUCACAACCUGCGGAGGGCCUCCAUGCUGGCGGUGGCUUUCCACAUGGAGGCGGAGGACACCAAGCUGCUCUUGGAGCUUUUCCGUGGGCUGGAUCUCAAUGGGGAUGGACUGCUCACCACCGACGAGUUUUCCACCGGGGUGAGGUCCAUGGGUGUGGAUCCUGAGCUGCUGCGGAAGAUGGUGCACUGCUUGGACGCCGACCACUCUGGUGUCAUCGACUACACGGAGUUUCUUGCCGCCACACUGGAGGCCUACAUGUUCAUCGACAAUCACGGCGUCAUGCUGCGAGCUUUUAGAAGCUUCGAUCAAGAUGACAGUGGAGGACUCACCGCGGAAGAGGUUGCCGAGACCAUCGACAUGGUUUCCCCUGAUCAGUUCAUGGAGAUGCAGCGCAUCUUUGAAGAGGUGGAUGUUAACGGCGAUGGUGUCAUGGAUUACGCGGAGUUCUACCGCAUGUUAAAGGCUGAUCUGAAGGUCACCAAACCCGAGACCAAAGAGGUCGACGAAGAUGAGAGCUACGAAAGCGAAUCGGCCAGUGAGGACCUGUCGCCCAAGGCUGUGAAGUUCGGCGACGAGGGCGACGACCUGGAUGAGGAGGAGGAGGAGGAGGAGGAGGAGGCGGAGGAGGAGGCUGGUGAAGGCCAUUCCGAGAGGUCGGGCUCUGCCAGUGAGGCAGCCGCAAGCCAGGACAGCCCCUGAGAUUUCGCGCUUCAGUUUCACAUGUACAUAUACUCGCAUUACUCGCGGAGCAUGUCCAGAUCUGGUGGCUUCCAAAGAGCCGAGGCUUCAGGUGACGAAUUCAGCAGCGCCCAAGAAGCGGAAUUCGGGG